CUUGCAUACUUGUAAAUAGUAGUAUUUCUGGGUUUAUUUCUUGUCGUUAGAUAAGACACGUUUCUCCUGUAUGUUUCGUCUGAUUUACUAUUGAAUUUGAAUGUCAAGAAAAAUAACAGAAGAGAUCCUACUUUCAAUUUUCAACUAAAUGCCUUAAUAAAUAUACUAUUGCAUAACACAGUUUUCCUGAAAUGUAAGAACAAUGACUGAGAUAAUAAUAACAAUGAAGCAGUCAACAAAUUACUCUUACAUUUUCAUGUUACGUUUGGAGAAUAACAAAUUUAUUUUUACACGAAAAUGUAAACGUUACUGAUUACGAAACGAAAAUUCUAAGUUAUUUUUUGAUAUCAUCAUCCAGCUAAACGUUACGCCUUAACUUUUUCAUAAGACUCAAGGUGCUCCUUCGCAAAUGAAAUUCAUAAAUUCUAUUCGACGUCUACAAUAACAAAUUUGCAAAUAUGGAAUUGCUACGAACAGGAUCGAAAUAAUAGUUUUAGUUGUUUAUAUGUGUUGGAACUUAUCCCUCAGCAUUUGCAUAUCUUGAGGUUGCUCUUUUCCAUCGUGUUAACCUUGUAGGAAGAAACAUAAAUUAACGGCGGAAUAGUGAAAAGGUUCACCUGCAACACAAUUCUAUAGGUUGAAAAUCCAUAACAAAAAUGUGAAAAGGUGUAACACGUGAGCGACAGUGACGUUCAUUAUUUGAUAAUUCAUUGUUAUUCCUGGAGGCGCUGUAACAUUUAAUCAUUUUCAUUUCUUAUGACAGAAAUGCAAAGUUCUUUUUUUUUUACUUCCGGUUGGAUUGAAAGAUACCAGUUAAACAUCAAUUAAAUGUGAUAAGAUGUGAUUCAUGCGUCAGUUGUUACCCAAUAUGUUGAGUAUCACUGCUGUACGUGAAGACGAAGUCACGUGUACACCGACGCAGUUCUUCAUCCCACUCCAGUCACUCCAAGUUCUAUAAUAUUUGGGUAGCCGAAGCGGAAUAGACGUGUAUUGUUAUCUACGGUGUGCAUACAAUAAUAUUGUAAAUACGUGUCUUGAUCCGGUAUAAUCUGUUCAGUGUUAGUCGAUCGCGUACGUUCCGCGCUGCAAUAUUUGUAGUGAUGCUUUCAAAUUAUCUUUAUCCUUGUUUAAUGACAAAGUAUAAAUCAUUGGAUUAUUUUGGUUUCAUUAGUCAUUUUGAUUAUGUCAUAGUUCAAUUUCGUUAAAAUGUUAGUCGUAAAGUGUAAAAGGACGUAAAAUUUAACAUGAAAUGAUCCAUACAGAUUAGUUUCAAUUUAAAUUUUGCUUCUACUUAAUUAUCGAUAUCAGGAUUUUCUACAGAGCUGUAUUCAGUGUAAUAUUAUUUAGAAAUACAUGCGCACUGGGAACUAGUUUCGAAAAAAGGCCGAAUUAUUGUUUUCAUAAAAGUACUCCGUGUAUUAGUUCUUUCAAUUUCUGUAUGAGCGAUUCGCUUGACGUUUAAACGGAUUAGUGAAAAGUAAUGACCUAAAACUGAAGGAGCACACUUGAGAAAUCUAUGUUGAAGAAUACCUUUCACCUAUAGUGUUCAACAGUUUUUGUGAAUAAAAGAAUAGAAUUAAGAACUAUAUAAAGCAUACAAAAAAUUGUUAUCAUCUGAGAUAGUAUUUUACAUUAGUAUGAUAGCUGAACAUUUGUCCAAGAUGUCAGACAUUGAAGAAGAUGAGUUUCAAGAUGCCCAGGAAUCUAUACCAGAACCUACUUCUAUGGAUUUGGAUACAGCAAUAAUGGAAGCAGAAAAAGCAAUACAUUGGUUUUUUAACAAUGAUUUUGAAAAAGCAAGAAAAAUCAUGAAACCGUGGGCACACUGCAGUAUAUACCACUCUUUAGGGACGAGUGUUUUUGAAUUCCUUGAAGCCAUUCUUACAUUUGAACAACCAUACAUUAAAAAGGCAUCUGCAACCGUGAAGCAGUGCACGAGCUUAUGUUUGAAGCAACGUAAACAUAUCACAUUAACACAAAAUAUUGGUAAAAUAGUUCAAAAGGCUAAUUACGAUGCUUAUACACUGGAGGAAGUGCAUGCAGAACUUUGUUACGCAGAAUCACUCCUUUUCAAAUCGGUACUCACGUUGGUGGAGGACGAGAAUUUGGUCAGUUUUGUCAAAGCCGGAUUGAAACUUCGUUCCUGCUAUUUGUCAUAUAAGGAAUGUCUAACAAUUUUGAAUAAUCGGAAAUGGGAAAAUGACGUUCAUAAAGUACAUUUUGAAAGUGGCGUUCGUACAGGAAUUGGGGCAUUCAAUUUGAUGAUCUCAUUGUUACCAGCAAGAAUUAUCAAACUACUAGAGUUUAUAGGCUUUUCAGGCGAUAAGGAAUAUGGUUUAACUGAGUUAGAAGCAGGAUAUAGGGAAAGAAGAGGAUUACGACACAUUUUGUGUGCAAUGAUUCUCUUAUUUUAUAACUUAGUGAUAUCUUUCAUUUUAAGUAACACAGAUGGAGAUUUAGAGUGGUGUGAAAAAGUAUUGGAGGAGGAGUUAAGUCUUUAUCCAAAUGGUGUAUGGUUUUUAUUUUUAAAAGGAAGAUUAGAAUUAACAAGAGGAAAUUUUGAAAGUGCUAUAGAAUGGUAUACAAAAUCUUGGAAGAGCCAAGAUUUAUGGCCUCGAUUUCAUCUUCUCUGUUUUUGGGAGUUAAUGUGGGUGCAUUGUGCUCUUCUACAAUGGGAAAAUGCUGUCAAGUUCGCCGAUAUUUUAGUCAAGAAAUCAAAGUGGUCGUGUACUGUUUCUUUAUACCAGAAAGCAGCAAUACUUCUUAUGCAGAAACCAUUGUCAAAAAGUGAAGAAAAAGAAUUAAUUAACACCUUGAUGAUGCAGGCGCCUACAUUUAAGCAGCGUGUAGCAGGAAAGUCGUUGCCAAUAGAGAAGUUUGUUAUUAAAAAGACAGAACGUUAUUUUGCUCAAAAAAGUAAGCUGGUGCUUCCCGUAUUUGAACUUAUGUAUGUGUGGAAUAUGUUCAGAACUAUCGGCAAACGGCAAGAUUUAAUAUUAAAUAUAUUUAAGUUGAUUGAAGAAGAAGAAAAAGAACUUAAAAAUAGCCCGAAAACUGAAUUUCAUGGCGAUAAUGAAGCUCUUUUAUUACUUUUAAAAGGCGCUUGUUUACGGCAUUUAAAACGCUAUUUAUUAGCAGAGGAUUGUUUAACUCGUAUUCUUAGCCUAGAUAAAUCAAUUAAUGAAGAUACUUACAUACUUCCAUUUGCAACAGUGGAAUUAUCUUUGUUAGCAAAAGAUCAAGGAAACAUUCCAUUAGCUAUUGAGUUUCUAGAAGAUGCUAAGAGGAAUUUUACUGGAUAUCUUCUUGAAACUAGAUUACACUUUAGAAUUCAUUCUGAUUUAAUGAACUUGACAGGAAAGAAGAAUGAAAAUACUACAAUACAAUGAUAUCUA